AUGCACUCUUCCACCGCCGCCAACAAGACGCCUCUCCGCAGAGUGUCUACGCAUGCAUCCAACACAACCACUUCUUCUCGUCUUGCUCCUUCUCCUCAGCCCCGUCUAUCGACAGAUUCACGCCUGCUAGAGGAGAUUCUUCACGACGGCGACGAGAUUGGUCCUGGCCUCUGCAUCCUCGGCCAGCCAAUUUCCAUCGUCCACGCCCGCACGGCCCAUGUCAAUCCCCUCCGUGUCCUUAGAAAGCUCGGGACAGGCACCUAUGCCGUCGUUUAUCUCGUCCAGGAGAUGGUAGGAGACCACUCAACCUUUCUCGACAUUAUGGACGACUCUCCGCCAGCCUCACCGGCUCCGGUUGGUCGUCUAUUUGCGCUCAAAUGCCUCAUCAAGCACGCUCAAGACCAAGAGGCUCAGUUGCAAGAAGCCACGAUCCACCAUUCGUUGCCGAUUCAUGACAAUGUGGUCACCUUAUGGACGACGCUCGAAACGGCUUCUUACCUCUUGCUCGUCCUCGACUAUGUCCCCGGCAAAGAUUUGUUCUACUUCCUCGAGCAGCAGCGGGACUAUGAGGAAACACCGCCUGCACCGGAUCGAGUGCUCCAGCCCCUUUCUUACCCGCGGCUCCGUCUUCUCGCGUCCAUGUUCACCCAAAUGUGCGAUGCAGUUGCCCAUUGCCACAGAAACCGCGUCUUUCAUCGCGACAUCAAGCCCGAAAACUUCAUGGUCACCGACGAGCGUAUCUACAACCCGGCCACUCGCCAAGACGAGCGCAGAGUCACCGUCAAGCUCACCGACUUUGGCCUCGCCACGCGUGACGUGUAUUCGGGCGAUAUGGACUGUGGCAGCGCGCCAUACAUGAGCUUCGAAUGCAAUAACAAUAUUACCCCGACAUAUGCGACUGGUCCGGCCGACGUAUGGUCGCUGGGCAUCGUGCUCAUCAACAUGCUCUACCACGGCAACCCGUGGCGAACAACGGCGAUUGGCCAAUGCACCUCUUUCGACUAUUUCCUGCGAGAGCCUAUUGCGUUCUUUAUGGAGCAGUUUGAUGGGCUCACACCUGCCGUCGCAGAGUUUUUCGCGCGCCGCAUCUUUUGUCUCUUGGAACCGCCCAUGCCUCCGAGUGCAGACAAUGGAAUCGUCAACCCUGCCGUCUACUCAGCCAAUAUUGGCUGUCGAAUCACCGCAGAGCAGUUUGGUAUCUGGGCUCGCGACCUUGCGCUUCACCUCGGGCCUUCGGCUAGGCGUACGCCCGCACUCGCCUUUCAACCGAUGCCGGAGCCUGCACUGGAUCCACAAGUCAAUUCAUAUGCAACUCGUCCUCGUUCACCCCCAGAGGCCAACAGGCUUGCGCCGUCGGUCUCACAGCCAGGUACCCGCACCCCUUCUCCUUCGUACCGCAACCGUCCUCCUGCCCCCAUUCAUGCUUCCGUGCUCGCGGCCAAUCAAGCCAAUGGUGUAACCCCAGAGUCGGAUGAUGACGAUUCGGAUUUCGAGCGCUCGCGGACAGCGUCCAGCAAGCGGAGGAAACGCGCUCCACGUGGAAAGUCGCAGGUGUCCCACCACCACCAGCAACAGCCGCAGCCGUCGAUGGAAACUUCUUCGUCUGCUGCAGCAGAGUAUGCUGCCAGUGUUCGAGCUGCUUCCGAUCGGCGUCUGUUGGAUCUCGCCGAAAAGUCGCAGCUCGUUGCGCGAGAGGCUAGUCUGAUCAAGGCGCAGAAGACGCCGCCGCCAGCAGCGUUUACGCCACUUGGUCCAGCUCAUACUCCCAUCCCCAAUGUCUCUGUCAACGUGGUCCCUGCGACGCCUGCACCGACUGCGCCUGUUGCUGUCCCUCGCUCGACGCCCGAGUUGCGGAAGAAGAAGUCGGCUGGGUGGACUGCUAUUUUCCAACGGGAUUCUACUUCAGACCAAGAGAUGCCUUCGGCUGCAGAGCUGGCUGCGAUUGAUCCCGAGGUCGAGGAGAGAAACUCGCUCUCGUUUCCCUCGCCCAUCUCGACAGCAGAUACAAAGCAAACGGCGACUGUUCGCAAUGUGUCGAAUCUCAUCAUGGGUCUCGAUUCGUCUGCACCUCCUGCUCAUCCGUCGUCUACUUCCGGUCGUAGUCCCCUGGAGGCGUAUGAUGACAAUGUGCCGUGGAGUGGACGCAGCUCCAGCUUGUCUUCGCGUGGACGACGCAAGGACCGGGGUGGUGGUGCAGGUCGUGGAGACGGUCGUCGUGAAGUCUCGCCUGGCUCGCUCAUGUCCGUGUCGACUGGGAGCACAUCCAACAGCUGGAUACGUGGUCGAUCCGCUCCAUCGACCAACGAUCGCAAGUCACGUUCCAAGAGCCCUACCGCGUCGGCUAUUGCUCAGUUUAACAUCCUCGCGCCUUCGCCAAACGAGACACCACGCAAUGCUGUCCCGCCUUCGCAAAAGUUGAUCUACGUUCGCGAAGAACCGCCGCCGCCUGUCCCUGCGGUGCCAGAACCGUACCGCGCUCAUGUUCCUGUACCACACCAAGUCGACCCGCAAAGCGCUGUAGGUCCAUCUGGUCACCGUCGCUCGUAUGCACCGUCUAUCAACAGUAUCUCGACCACCACCACGUCUUCGUCGGCGUUUACGGCGUUUAGUGGCAAGAAGGGCUGGCGAAACUCGGGCGCGACGAGCAGCUCGCGGGCCAGUGUGCAUAGUGUUUCUACGACUGCCACGAGCCUGUCUUCUGGCUCUGGUUCGUGGAGAGCUGCUGCCAAUGGGAAGAAGGGCGACCCACCACCGCUUCCUGCGACCAAUAUCAAGAAGAUUGAUGGUAUUCCAUGGAUGCUAGACGAAUUGCCGCGUCAAAUGACCCACAAGCCAAAGGAACACGUCUUCCCUCCCAUGCCCAACAAGAAGGCCAAUCGACGUCGACCACCAAGUGCGCCUACGUCGCCUACUGGUCCCACAUUCUCACUCGACCCAAUCUCGGAGCGGCCGAGAAAGAGCUCGAUGAAGCCGCCACGCUCUGCUGCUUCCAUUGCACCAUCGAUGGUCUCAUCCACCGUAGACGAGCCCGUCAUGUACGAGAGCGGUGGUCUCGACGCCGAAGCCAAGUCGUUUGGAGCCGGACGUGGAGGGGUUAGCGGGCUGUCGAUUGAUACAGAGUCGGCGAAUCAUCUCGCUGGGUAUGCUGCGCCUACGAUGGACGUUAAUCCUGUUGCGUCCAAGCCGCCAAAGACACCGACAAAGUCGUGGCUGCGCUGGCGAAAGUGA